GUUACGUAUACAUACAUUUUCGCAUCAAAAUUUUGCAAUGAACAACCUUUUUGAAAAUUUUGUAGCCACGCCUGUCGCAAAUCUAUACGAUAACUAUAAUAAUAAUGGUCACCACUGGUAUCAUCUUAUGUGCUCAGUGGAAAAUUUUGAAAUUCUAUGUGGUGUCGAAAAUAACUGGUUACAGCAAAACCUUACAUUUCACACAAUUUGUAAAUGUCAGACAAAUUGGUGAAAACGCUUAUGAGCACGAACACAUUCAUGCACUAGUGGAACUAUCUGAGAAAAAAGAAAAAUUCAAGAGACUUUUUAAAUUGCAAACAGGUGGAGUGACAAUGACAAGGCCACAGUUCAAAGAUAUAAGGUGUGCGAAGCAUUUACUUAACACCAUUCUGUAUUUGUGUUGCAUCCAUGGACAGAGCAACUAUUGCUCCGUGAGUCAUCAACAUUACGCGCACAGAGUUGCAGACAAAAACUGGAUACAUGACGGCGACCGGAGGGCUCUAGUGGAGCAGUUGGUCCGUCAACAAAUUGGGGAUAGGUUUCAUCAUCCUAAUGAUUGUAAUUGUGGAAAUGCAAUGAGGAGGAUGUAGAAGUUGCAGGCAUGCACUCUUACUACUUGAUAUUGACUCGUCAUCGCUGGCCAUGUGGAUGAGUUUAUUGUGAUAAGGUCUUAUCUAUUGGCGGCGUUACAUAAGAGAUAAUUUUAUGAUGCGGAUUUAUUUAAUGUAUUUAUAAUUCCAACUUACCAGAUUCACGUAUGUACACCCUAAGAAACUCGGUAACUAAGUUAUUACCAGGCGGAGUAACUAUGUGACUCUACCGCAUGGUAAUUUAUUUAUUACUGAGUGGUUGACAUUUUGUUACCAAACCGGUAAUAACCCCU